AUGGCUGUUUUACCACCCAAAGCCGCAGCCGCUUCCAAGAGCGGUUCCGGUGCCAGGUUUAGACAGCGGAAGAUCUCCGUCAAGGUCCCUCUACCUAUCUAUAACCAGAAGGAUCUUGUUGGAGGAGAUGCCGAGCUAGAACCAUCCCAACUACAUCACCUCAAUGCGGGUACAUCACAACAACCCCGUGACAUGCAUAGUAUCGAGACUGGUGUUGAUAAGAAUGAAGAAGACGAAGUUCAUCUUCAGCAAGUCAUCAAUGCUGCUCAACGUGUCUUGUUAGGGUCCAUUAAAGAAGAAAAAGAUAAGAAAGAUAGCUCAGUGUACAUCCCCACACCUGAUGCCUCGAAACUCUGGAAAGAAGCGUCUAAGUUCUACAAUGACAAUUCAUUUGUCGAGCCUGAGUCUUACAUUAAGUUCAGUGCUACUGUUGAAGAUACACUUGGUGUGGAAUACAACAUGGAUGAAGAGGAUGAAGAGUUCUUCAAGAAUACCCUCGUAAAGGAUUAUCCUAAGCCAGGUAAAAAGACUGAGAAGAAGAAGGACCCCAAUUCUGAUGAUACAAGACCUUGCUCUGAACUUGAGUUUGAAAUUGUCUUGGAUAAGUUUGAAAAGACCAUUGAGGAGAAACAACCGUUCCUCUCAAUGGACCCCUCGAACCUUCUUCCAUACUCCGAACUUUCUGCAUACAUCCUAGAGGAGUUUAAUUCAACUGGCAACAAGGACUAUCCAUAUCUGCAACCUGGCUCAAACUUGAACUAUAUGUCAACUUCCACCCUCAAAGAAAACCUUUCUAAAGAGCUUAACUAUGAUCCCUUCAUCACUUUGUUCGACAAGAAUCCCCGCGAUACUUCUAACACACUGAAGACGAGACCAAUUCCUGCUUUAAUGCAACUCUUUGGUCAGGCUAUUUAUGAUCACUGGAGUAAAAGGAAAAUGGAGCGCAAAGGAAAACAAAUCAGCCCUCAAUUGAAAUUUGAAGAUCCCAAUGCUAAUGAGAAGGAUAAUGAUAAUGAUCCAUAUAUCUGUUUCCGUCGUCGUGAGUUUCGUCAGGCACGUAAAACGAGACGAGCUGAUAAUUUGGGUGCGGAAAGAAUCAGACUCCUUCAAAAGUCUUUGCGUAAAGCGAGAGAUUUGGUUCUCAACGUUUGCAAGCGUGAACUUCUUAAGCUUGAUCUCUGGAAUUCUGAGUAUGAAGUGUUCAAGACCCGUUGCGAUACCAAGAGUGUGAAAAGAGCUGCUGGUGUCAGGGGUGAUGAUCACUUAUUCUACCCCCACAAGAGGCGGAAGCUCCCCAAGAUCGAGACAGAGGAGGAGGAAUCGGAGACUCCAGCUACCAAGGUUCGGAAAGAAAGAAAAAAGGCUGCAGAAAUGGAACCCUCUACUUCCUUGGCCACCAAGGACAAACAGGCCAAUGGCCAAGUUCAACCCGAAGCGUCUACCAACCAACCAUAUGUCAAGUUGCCACCUUCGAAGAUCCCAGAUUUGGACUUGGUUACUGUCAAUUUGGUGCUCAAGGAAAAGAACGAGACCAUCAAGCGUGCUGUGCUUGAGAAGUUACGCAAGAGAAAGGAGCAUGAUAGAGGCUAUGUUAACAUUACCUACGAUCCUUACCAGCCCUUCUUCAAUCUUACUACGAAUGACUUGAAUUCACAUCUUGAGUUGAGUCACAUUCCGUACUCUUCCAUCGCUGCUAGCAAUUACCAUCAAGUGAACACAACGAAUGUUAUCAGCGAUUCGUUGAAAAGAUUAUUGGAAGAUGCCAAGAAGCCUUUGCCUGGAAUGAAAACUUUCAGGGGAAGCAAUGGCGAGCUCGUUCCUUCAAAGCCGUUCCCGCAUUUGCAGAGUUUGCUUGAUGAUCACAUCAAUUCGAAGAAUAACUCUGAGGGUUAUGUGGCACAUCUACUCAACAGCAUCCAGAACAAUGAUUUCAGUUCCUACUCUGAGGGAUUCGGAAAGAAGGAUGUGGAAGAAGAAGAGGAUGCCAAAUGUUCUGGCCCCAUUUUCAGAAUGCGCAGACGUCAAGGCCGUGCUAAUCAGCAAUUUAUAGACAGAAGAGGCCUCAUGAGAAGACCGGAUGCUGAGAUUGAUAGCUGGCUUAACCAGUCCGAGCUGUCUAAUGAGUCUAGUGACGAAGAUGUGAUGGAUGUCGACGGCGGCGCAUCGCCAGAAACAGAGGCUUCUCCCGUCUUGAAUGCUUACGAUUGCAAGUCUGACGCGGUUAAACGUUUGGACUCCCGCUGGCAGUUUGACAAUGACUACACCGAGAGCGAUAAGGGGAUCAGAAGUCCUUUCAGCUUGGAUCCAUCGAGACUCAAUUGCAUUAGCGACGAGACUCAAUCGAUCAGGUUUGGAUCGAUGUUGCUUUCAAAGUCUUACGAUUUGUUAAGAGAAAGUGCCCACCAGAGACAAGUUAUGAUUCAACAAGCACGGAUCAGAGCAUUGCAGCAACAUCAACUCAAUAAUAGAAAUCAACUGCAAGGUCUGCAUCAGCUGUCUCCCGAGGCACAAGCUCAAGACUCCAACAAGGCUGGUGCUGGUCAAGGCGCUAGUAACGUCUACAGGAAAAAUGGACUUGGAGGCACCAUGGGAACUGCAGUUGCAAAGACUCCACAACAGCUUCACGCACUCCAACAGUUCCGGAAACAACAAAAUCAACAGCAGCUUAGCCAAGCAUACCUUGCCCAAAAGAGAAACACCGGGGGCAGUAUGUCACCUGGACCAUAUAAUGGCGGCAGCAGCAGCAGCGGCAGCAGCGCUACAACACUGUACAAUAAUAACGCAAAGUACCCAGCGGCAACCAUGCAAGGUGGACGCCGCUGA